GGGGCUGCUCCGCCCCGCCGGGGCGCGGGGGUGCCGGGACCGGAGAGGCUGAACCGCGUGUGAACGGUGGCGGCAGGAUGGGGCUGGAGCUGUACCUGGACCUGCUCUCGCAGCCCUGCCGGGCACUCUACAUCUUUGCCCGCAGCAACAACAUCCCCUUCGAGUUCAAGAAGGUGGAGCUGAUGAAGGGGCAGCACAGGACAGAGGAGUUCCGGAAGGUGAACAUCCUGAUGAAGGUGCCAGCACUCAAGGAUGGUUCUUUCACCUUAUCAGAGAGCAUUGCAAUCCUCCUGUACCUGGCACGGAAAUUCAAGACUCCUGAUCACUGGUACCCAUCUGACCUGGAGAAAAGGGCAAGAGUUGAUGAGUACCUGUCAUGGCAGCACAUCAACAUUCGUGGGAAGGGGAGCAAGCUGUUCUUAACUAAGGCGCUGGUGCCUGUCCUCACAGGCCAGCCACUUUCUCCAGAGAAACUGGAAGGUGUUACUGAAGAGCUGAACAUUGUCCUGAAGCAGUUUGAGGAGGUGUUUUUGCAGGACAAGCUCUUCAUCGCAGGCAGUGAGAUCUCCCUGGCAGACCUUGUAGCACUGGUGGAGCUCAUGCAGCCUGUGAGUGCUGGCUACGACCUCUUUGAGGAGAGGCCGAAGCUGGCUCAGUGGCGCAGGCGGGUGGAGGAAGCGGUGGGGAAGCAGCUCUUCCAGGAAGCCCAUGAAGGCAUCUUGAACAUCAAGAGUCUGACUGCUGAUAAGAUCGCACCUGACGUGCUGGAGCAUUUCAAGCACAUGGUCCUAAAGCAGGCCAGCUAGAAAUGGGGUGAUACUUGAAGUAAAAUGGUUUAUUUUCUGCAAGCUUUUUGUAGUAUUUCAGCAUUUCUUGAUUUCUCUACAUGUUAUACAGAAACACCAGUCUACAAAAUGUACUGCAAUCACAGCCUUUCUGAAAGUUAGAAGAGAAUUAAAAUUUAUCUUAGACUGCAGUGAGCUGCUUUCCCCUCUUGGCCACUACAGGACAGGUAUGUGAGCUGUAGCCCUAUAGGCUUGCUCCAGCACUGCUGGAUCCAUCUGAGGACAGAGGUGAUUCGCCCCAUGUGGGUGCUGAGGCCAGGCAGCCUGUUUUGAGUUUUCCAAGUCACAGCAAUAUAAAAGGGGCAAAGGUUUCCUGAGAGUAUAGCAGAGCAGAUUUGUCUGAAACAAGUUAAAAUCAGUGAAAAUGGCUUUUACUUUGCGCUAUGCUCAGUUGGGAGAUUUUUGCUCUUUGCAGAGGGACAGGUCAAGACCCAGCCUUUGGUGGGGACCCUGCCAGCAUUUUGAAGCACCUGGCCACCAGUGACUGCUGUGUCACUUGCACCUGGGAGCAGUAGGGCUGUGCAGGUAUCUAAGUGAGGCCUCCAGUUCCUGGGCAGAACAGGGUUAGACCCCUGAGUAAAGAUCCUCAUGCUGUACCCUACAAAGAACAGCUUGUGCAUCUGACAGUAACUUUGCUAGGUGAAGCUGCCGCCAACCAAAGGGUUCUCCUCCCCAAACCAUCCUGGUGCUCUGUCCUUUCCCUGGAACAAUUCAAGCCAGGCCCUCUCCACUCGUGAGUUUUCCCAGGGCUGGGCCAGCACUGGGGGCAAAGAGAGGGGUAGUGGCCAGCCCUAGGAUGGGCAGAGUGCACAGUGUAUGAGCUCAGUAACACCUCAAAUGCAGUGAAUGUUCCACAGCUCUUCUGUCACAUCAGACUCUCCAGUAAAGUUAGUGGUUACACUUGCCAGUGUAGCUCUGCUUGGAUUUGUAAACAGGAUCUGGGAGGAAGAGGCCAGAGAUUUGUCCUCCACCCCUUCCCAGUCUCUCCCCUCCAUGUCCCACUGUACCCCUCCUGCCUUCCUGUCCUCUUGUCCCUGUGUCCUUUCAUUUCCAGGCACAAGCUGUGAGGAUUGUUGCAGUUUGCAGAACGGAUUUUUCCUUCUUGUUAAGCUUGUUAGUGUCUGUUAGUCUGUGCUGGCUGGUUAGAGCACCCACGGAGAUGGCAGCAGAGGAGGCUGGGGGUGAGAUCUUGGUCAUCUUAAUGUGAGACAAGUUAUUACAGAGCUCAGAAAAGGUGAAAGUAGUCACCCAAAUCUGUCUACACAUCUCUUCAGCUGGACCUGCUGAUCUGGAGGAAUGAGCCAGCUGCCUCUUCUGUUUGUUUCCUUGCCUCUUCCUGUGUGUUCAAAAGGGCACCAUGAGCCACAGCUUGCAACGCACAUCCCUGCAGAGUGAGUUAAAGCAGCCAAGCAGGCUGGUCACUUUUACUUUCCUGUCUUCCAACCUGCAGGAAAUCCUAAAUGUCAGCAGUGAAAAAGCCUUUUUCAGAUUCAGUGCUGACACAGACAGGGAUACUUGUCAUCUUACCUGAUUUUUUACUGGAGUUUGUUGAGGACAGCCUAUUGCACUCCAGCCAGCAAAGCUGGUGACAGCAGCUUUCUUCUUGCCCUGUAGGUGCUGCUCUGCUCUACUCCAGCAACUUGCCUGCACAACCACGUCUUUUCCUCUAGAACCAGUUUACCACAGCCACCAUCUGGGCUUCUGUGCCCAGGUCCUCCUCUGCUGCCUCCCUGCAGCUGCCCAGCUUUGGCACACACUGCUGUCAGCAUGUUUGUAUUUUCCCUGACUUCCAGAUUCCUUCUCCCUUUUUUGAAAAGAGCAAACCUCUUGCCACCAGCGCAAUAAAUUCCUCCCACAGCUUCUGUUGAAGUAGAGGCAGAGCAGACAAUCUAUCAAAAACAAGAGCCUGCUCUAUAGUGUGCUAAUCUUGGCAGCCCUCAGACCGGGCUUGGUAGCAGAGCUCUCCAGAAUCUCGAGAGAGGACUGUGCAUGCAAAACCAUUGCACAAGCCAAAGCAAUAUAAAGUAUAUUUUCUUAUUUAUGAUAUUUGCAGCACAAGAGCUCCCUGUAAGAGAGCUGAGCUGGUUUUCUGCUUGCUCAAAACAAGGAGCAAGUUCUUAAACAUCGCCCAUUGUGUGCGACAAGGUGGGACCAUGUCAUUUGUCAUUGUCUGGUGCUCCUCUGUUGCCACUGUCACACUCAUCAGCUACCUCCUCACUGCAUCAGCCGUGAUGACAGGAGGAGAUUUUAAAUAGUUUUCCCAGAGUCUUCUUUAAUCUACCCCACCUGAGCUGUAGGUUCAUUCUCCCAAUGAAGCUGCGUGUAUUUCAGGGUGCAUUUGGGGCCUUUCAAUGCACAAUGAAAAAAGCACCUCCCCAGAGUAACUCCUUGGAUGGCAAUCAAGUUGUACAACAGAUAAAUCUGCCUUGCUCUUGUUUAUUCUCACUCUAAAUCAUGGAGAUAAUGCAACUCAUCCUUCUACUUUGCCUUUUGCUGUCUCUCCACCUCCCCCAUUUUGUUCCCAUGUCAUUUGAUCUUGAGAGCCCCAAGAACUGCCUGCCAAAUCCCAGCAACUUGUGCCAGCAUUUUGUUUGCCUCAGUGCAAGAUCUGUUCUGUGUCCACUCUCCUCUCACCUGAGUAUGGACACUACUUAAACCUCCAGUGACCAUUUAUCUUACUGUUCUCAUUAAUUUUCCUCAACUCCUGUCAGGGGCUAUUUGGAAAUAGGUGAAAGCCUGUGAUUUCUACAAUAAAGUAGAGCUGGGAUACAAAAAACAUGAGGAAUGUUUAAGAAAACAUAUAUAAAACUUCAUACAUUUUCUAAAUGAUAAAGAAAUACACUGCAAAAAUUACUGCAAUUUUUUUCUGUGUUGUUCCUGUUUCCAAAAGCUGAUAAAGUACAGGGAAGAAAAAUGGCCUUUGAGGUGAUGGAGGCAAAUGAAAAUGCAGUGCUAAAAGCAGUAGCCUAGAGCUAGGAAUAAUGCCAUAUAGCAUGACCAGAUAAAAAUGUCUCUUUGGUUGUGUGGGCUGUGCAGUGCAGUCAUCAAAUUGGAAAAAAAUCUUGAGGAAGGAACAUCUCCAGGAGGCACAUGGGAAGAUCUUUGUAGUCCAGAUAGGACUAAUGGAUCAAAUGAACCAUAAAUAAAGGAGCAAGGUGAGGCCAUGCUGCUCAUCUUGCUACCCACUGAUGAGAUCAACCAACUUUUCUCAAUGGUAUCUGUGAGUAGGGACAUGAAACCAUUUUGAAGCAGAAAGACUUGCUGUGCAGAGCCACAUUCACACCCCUUUUCCCCACUCCCUUGACAUUUAAGAUUUCUUUGCACUGAAGGAGUUUGACAUGAACUCAAGGACCUGCCACAAUACUGUACAAGCUUCAACUCCAGCAUGUUGGUGCUGCAUGCUGGUGCUCCAGAAGGUAAAUUGCACUGCUGGGGAACUGAAAGAUGUGUGUACACAGCCCCUCUCCCUAUUCUGGUCAAGAACCUGAAAAAAAUCUUAGUUCUAAAUCUGAACAAUGACUGAAAAUAGGUGCCAUGGUGCAAUGGAGUCAAUACUUCAUUUUGAGAUGCAGCUUGUUCAGCAGACUCUGGCAGACUCUGAAGACUCUCUUCAGUCUAACAGUAUUCCCCAUUCCUAUGGGGUUCUCAGAGCAGAAGUCUUGGCAGACUUGGCAGGUAUAAAAUGAAGCACCUGAAAGUGUUCCAGUUUGUAAUUUAGGCAGUCAACGAGCUCAGUCCUGGCUCAGCAUCCAAACCUUUUCACCAGCUUUUAUAAUGAUCCUUUAUACAAGUAAAAGAGCAACUGAUCCUCCAGUUCCCUCUCUCUGAGGUUCCUGCAGCUCUUUCCAAGGAUUUGUGCAUGACAUACAAGCUGCCUGGCACAGGACUGAUAAAAAGGAGUCAGCUGAGCCAAGGUGGGUUUGACUGGGGGUGACUUUGCUCUGAGUGGCUCAGCUGCUCUAUCUUCCAGAGUCCCAGAAGGGCCUGUACGCAGCCCCAUGUCACCUUCCCUAAAUCACACAGCUGUGAAACACUACAGGCUCCAUGCAAGGGCUUGAAUUCAGUGUGAGCUUCUUUAGUUCUGCCUUGCUUGUGUGGAAAUCUAAAAUGGCAGGCAGGGGAGAAAGGAAAGUCACUGCAGAGGUAAUACUUGCAGGGAAGCUCUCCAUGCUUCACUGCCAUUCAGGCAUCACCUUGCAGUGCUGGGCAGAGACCAUAUGACCAAAGAAUUAUCUCCUGAACUGAAAACCAUACUGAGAUCUAGGAGUGGAAGAUUUAUACUGGCUUAGAGAUGUUGCUCAAGGGCCCUGUUUGCAGUGUGACAUAUUCCUGCAGGGACAUGCUGUGAGGACAACCAUUUACCUUGUGAAAUGAUGCAAAAGUGGGCUGCUGAGCCCCUGCAGCAUCAGCCAAGGCUAGGGGAGUAAAGGACAGUCCCAACCUCUCACUUCAUAGAAUUACAGAAUAAUUUGUGUUGAGAGAGACCUUAAAGAUCAUGCAGUUCCCAUCUUCUCUUUUCCAUUUGGAGGCUUUCCAUUAUGCUGGUCUCUUGUAACACGGUGUGGUUUUGGACAUGAAAUGGGAAGAGAUUUUUGUAUUUGAAAUAAUGAGAGAGAAAUAGCAAACUGAAUUCUAAAUGCAAUCUUACCUGGAGGCAGUGACUCCCAGCAAUCAGGCAGAGGUGGGUUUGCACCCUGGGUUUGCAAGGUGGUUGAAUACCUCCAUGGCCUUAAUUUUGGUGACAAGUUAGGAUCACCUCUUCUAUUUACAAGCUUUUAACUUUCUGUAAAUUUACCCUGGAAUCUAAGAGUUUUCCUGAGUUAUUUCAUCUGAUGCUUUCCUGGAUUUGAUGGGAGUGUCUGAUUUGCCACUUACCACCUCAAGCAGCCAGCCCCUGCCUGUCUCUUUUUGAGUCUCUCUUCAGUCUCUCUCCUAGAAAUCUGCCUCCAGCCUUUUUGCUGACUGGUUCAUCUACACUGCUCCUUGUGCCAGUAUUGUGUUUAUUAGCAGCAGUGAAGCCCAAGCAUUUUCUCCAGCAGAAAAAAUAAGCAAUUCCCAUAAAUUUUCAUUAGGAUUUUCUAGAACUGCAGAAAGCAAAAAAAAACACAUUACACAGGGCCCAUUUUCACAACAGUGUUGUGCCUUAAACAAGAUGAUCUUUUAAUCUCACUGGUUGGUAACUUCUUGCUGUAAAUGGGCACAUACACCCCUCACUGGACAGUGAGUGGCUCAGCAUCUGAGGAAAAUGAUUUCUAGAUUAGGCUGCUCUGAUGUGUGGAUUACACUGUCCCUGAGACACAGCCUGCCAGGGGCACUUUCAUCAACUUUGGAGUUCAAAGUCCUGAUUGCAGAAGCUUGUUUGGUCAUGAUAUAUUUCGGUUAAAAUAAUAAACCUCUCUGCUUGCCUUUU